AUGGGGCGGCGAGGGCGGUCCGGAGCAGGCGGCGAGGGCGGUCCGGAGCAGGCGGCGAGGGCGGUCCGGAGCAGGCGGCGCGAGCGGUCCGGAGCAGGCUGCAAGGGCGGUCUGGAACAGGCGGCGAGAGCGGUCAGGAACAGGCAGCGCGGGCUGUCUGAAGCAGGCGGCGAGGGCGGCCCGGAGCAGGCGGCAAGGGCGGUCCGGAGCAGGCGGCGAGGGCAGGGGCGAGCACCAGCGGGCGGCGUCGGGCGAGACAGGAGGUGGUGCCCGAGCGGUCGGCGUCGGGCGGGGCAAGAGGUGAUGCCCGAGCGGGCGGCGUCCGGCGGGGCAGGAGGUGGUGCCCACGCGGGCGGCGUCGGGCGGGGGCGAGUCGGGCGCGAUUCGGGGACGGACGGCGAGGUGGCGCAACAGCGGGCGGCGUCGGGGCGGGACGGGAGGUGGUGCACGAGCGGGCGGCGGCGGGCGGGGGCAGAAGGUGGUGCAUCAGCGGGCGGCGGCUGGCAGGGGCAGGAGGUGGUGCAUCAGCGGGCGGCGGCGGGCCGGUGCAGGAGGUGGUGCACGAGCAGGCAGCGGCGGGAGGUGGUGUCCGAGCGGGCGGCGUCGGGUGGGGCUGGAGGUGGUGCACGAGCGGGCGUCGUCAGGCGUGAGGUGGUGCACCAGCGGGCGGCGGCGGGACAGGAGGUGGUGCCCGAGCGGGCGGCGUCGGGCGGGACGGGGCACAUCACACCACAGCUGCGAGGGGAAGUCCGGAAUGCAAAACCAAAGCCGUAA